AUUGGAGUAUAUCUACGUGAAUCGGUAUUUUUAUACAGAAAACUACGACAGCUAUUUGCCUGACAACCAGAAAAAAGUCGUUACCGUUUGAGGAGAAUGUGAAUCUACAGGAAAACACUACAACCUCCUGGCAUCGCUGCUCGCAUUCACCAUCAACGCGUCGAACAGUAGAAUCUCUUUCGCUGGUAUUGUUCGCUGUCGGUUUCGUUUUUUCUCUGGUUCGGGAUUCUACCGUUCAGUCCUAGAUUGUGUACAUAUCUACAUAUACCCGUGGAACUCGAUUCGGCGAAGCACAACAGUGAUCUCCAGUGGUGUCUAGCAGCCAUAAUGAUGUCCGUCUCUGCUACAGUUCGUGGGUUGUCCCGCCGGUUCUUUUCCACUUCGAAAGUUCUCUCCGCUCAACAAUUGACUGUCCGCGAUGCCCUCAACGCGGCCUUGGAUGAAGAAAUGGAGCGCGAUGAGCGGGUUUUCCUGCUUGGUGAAGAAGUGGCUCAAUACGACGGUGCCUAUAAGGUGUCGCGUGGGUUGUGGAAAAAGUAUGGAGAUAAGCGGGUAAUCGACACUCCUAUCACCGAAAUGGGCUUCGCUGGUAUCGCAGUAGGUGCAGCUAUGGCAGGAUUACGUCCGGUAUGUGAGUUUAUGACGUUCAACUUUUCGAUGCAGGCUAUUGAUCAGGUCAUCAAUUCAGCGGCCAAAACCUUUUACAUGUCUGCUGGUACUGUGAAUGUGCCCAUUGUUUUCCGAGGACCGAAUGGAGCAGCAGCUGGCGUUGGAGCGCAGCAUUCGCAGUGCUUUGGAGCAUGGUACUCACAUUGCCCCGGACUCAAAGUCAUAUCACCGUAUGACAGUGAGGAUGCAAAAGGCCUGCUCAAAGCUGCAAUUCGGGAUCCGGAUCCGGUGGUAUGUCUUGAAAAUGAAAUGCUGUACGGCGUCGGCUACCCAGUUUCAGACCAGGUACUGGACAAAGAGUUUGUAUUGCCGAUAGGGAAAGCGAAAAUUAUGCGACCAGGUAAACACAUCACGCUUGCAGCUCAUUCAAAGUCGGUUGAAACGGCUCUCCAAGCGGCCACAGAGCUUGCAGGCAAGGGGGUGGAAUGUGAAGUUAUUAAUUUACGAUCGCUUCGCCCGCUCGACACUGAUACUAUUUUCAAGUCGGUGCAAAAAACACAUCAUCUAGUAACUGUGGAACAGGGUUGGCCACAGAGCGGUAUCGGAUCGGAGAUUUGCGCUAGAGUUAUGGAGCAUGAGACAUUCUUCCAUUUAGAUGCUCCAGUUUGGCGCGUGACAGGUGUCGACGUACCGAUGCCUUAUGCUAAAUCGCUAGAAGCUGCUGCAUUGCCACAGGUGCACGAUGUUGUUACCGCAGUUAAUAAGGUUUUAGGAGUUAAGUGAAACUCAUCCAAUCAGUGAUCAACGUAACAAAUUUUGGAAAUAUGACUUAAGGGCAAAAGCCAGCAGAAUAUUCAAAGAUAGAACAUGGAAUCAGCAAACCGAAUCAGCGUUGAACGGAAUUUUAACUUAUUGGAUAUUAACUGAAGAUCAGAACUUAACUUGAAUUCUAUAUUUCAAAUAACAUCCUGAAAAUUUAAUUUAGCUUAAACGAAAACUACAUAUUUUCCCAUUUUUCAGUCAAAUUUGAAUAUUUUGUAUGGUUGCUGCCGAAACGCAAGAAAAGGAAAAAAAAUAAAUGCAAGAUCGCAUUGUAUAAAGUUCAAAUCGUCAGGACAUUCACAUAGUAUCUAGUUUGUAAAUACAUAACUGAUAAAAACCAUCAAUCAACAAUCAACAUCACAGCCAAUUCGUUCGACUUACUUUUUUAAUCUAAUUCGUUCUUCGAAAACAGCCGAAAAUUUUCGAGUUCGUUUUUGUAGACCGUUUGUGUUACAUUACACUGAGUAACUGGUCCUGGCUAACAUCACCUUGAGAUAAAUAAAUCGGAUGAUUAUACGAA